CCGCCAACGGUGGCCACAGGGGUGACGGAUUGAGUCUCGGGGCUCAGGGGUCGCUAGACCCUCGGGAAAGGUGGAGCGCAGAGGGCGCUGAGUUUCCGCCUCCCGUGCAGUAGGUCUCGGCGCCCGCGAGCCCAGUGGUUAGCGAUGUUGCUGCUGUUGUCGCUGCUGCUGCUGUUGCUGGGGGCGCCGCAGGGCUGUGCCGAGGGAGAGGCGGCAGCUCUUACUUCCGAGCGCUUCACCGAGUGGCACGAUAAAGGAAUAUUCAUGAUCCAAAGUGAGAGCCUCAAGAAAUGCAUUCAAGCAGGCAAAUCUGUACUGACCUUGGAGAACUGCAAACCACCCAACAAGUACAUGAUGUGGAAAUGGGUUUCAAACCAUCGCCUUUUUAACAUCGGAGGCAGCGGUUGCCUGGGCCUGAAUUUAUCUGAUCCAGAGCAGCCAUUAAGCAUAUACGAGUGUGAUUCCACCCAUGUUUCCUUGAGGUGGCGCUGUAACAGGAAGAUGAUCACCGGUCCACUCCAGUACAUGGUGCAGGUGAAGAACAACAUGCUGGUGGCCUCCUGGAAAUAUCUUCAUAAGUGGAUUUCCUACAUGUCAGGUGGUGGAGGCAUUUGUGAAUAUCUGCACAAAGAUCUGUAUACACUGAAAGGGAACGCCCACGGGAUGCCAUGCGUGUUCCCCUUCCAGUAUAACCACCAGUGGCAUCAUGAAUGUACCCGAGAAGGGCGGGAAGACAAUUUACUGUGGUGCGCCACAACAAGCCGAUAUGAAAGAGACGAGAAGUGGGGAUUUUGCCCAGAUCCCACAUCUGCAGAGGUGGGUUGUGAUGCUGUCUGGGAGAAGGAUCUCAAUUCACACAUUUGCUACCAAUUCAACCUGCUUUCUUCUCUCUCCUGGAGCGAGGCACAUUCAUCAUGCCAGAUGCAAGGAGGUGCUUUACUAAGUAUUGCAGAUGAGACUGAAGAAAAUUUCAUAAGGAAGCACUUAAGCAGGGAAGCAGUGGAAGUGUGGAUGGGUCUGAAUCAGCUGGAUGAGCAUGCCGGCUGGCAGUGGUCUGACAGAACACCGCUCAGCUAUCUGAACUGGAACCCAGAAAUAAAUUUUGACCCAUUUGUUGAAUAUCACUGUGGAACAUUUAAUUCAUUUAUGCCAAAUGCCUGGAGAAGUCGGGACUGUGAGGCCACCUUACCUUAUGUAUGCAAAAAAUACCUGAACCACACUGCUCACAAAGAAGUUGAAAAAGAUGCUUGGAAAUAUUAUACUACCCACUGUGAGCCUGGCUGGAAUCCCCACAAUCAUAAUUGCUAUAAACUUCAGAAAGAAGGGAAGACCUGGAACGAGGCUUUGCAUUCUUGCCAGUCUGCUAAUAGUGCACUAAUAGACAUAGCUUCGUUAGCAGAGGUGGAGUUCCUUGUGACCCUCCUUGGAGAUGAAAAUACAUCAGAAACAUGGAUUGGUUUGAGCAGCAAUAAAAUUCCAGUUUCCUUUGAAUGGUCUAAUGGCUCCUCAGUCAUCUAUACUAAUUGGCACACGCUUGAGCCCCACAUUUUUCCAAAUAGAAGCCAGCUGUGUGUCUCUGCAGAGCAAUCUGAAGGACACUGGAAAGUUAAAAAUUGUGAAGAAAUACUUUCUUACAUUUGUAAGAGAGCAGGGCAUGUCCUUUCUGACGCUCGAUCAGGCUGUCAAGAGGGAUGGGAGAGACAUGGUGGGUUCUGUUAUAAAAUUGACACGGUCCUUCGAAACUUUGACCAUGCCUCCAAUGGUUAUUACUGUCCUCCUGCCCUUGUUACCAUUACAAACAGGUUUGAACAGGCUUUUAUUACCAGUUUGAUCAGUAGUGUGGUAAAAACAAAGGACAGUUAUUUUUGGAUAGCUCUCCAAGAUCAAAAUGACACAGGAGAAUACACUUGGAAGACAGCAGGGCAGAAAUCAGAGCCGGUGCUGUACACACACUGGAAUGCACAUCAGCCCCGCUACAGCGGUGGCUGUGUUGUCAUGCGAGGAAGGAAUCCUGCUGGCCGUUGGGAAGUGAAGGACUGUACACACUUUAAAGCAAUGUCCUUAUGCAAGCAACCAGUGGAAAAACGGGAGAAAACUGAGCAUGAAGAGAGAUGGCCCUUUCAGCCUUGCUAUUUGGACUGGGAAUCAGAGCCAGGCCUGGCCAGCUGCUUCAAGGUAUUUCAUAGUGAAAAAGUAUUGAUGAAAAGAACAUGGAGAGAAGCUGAAGCAUUUUGUGAAGAAUUUGGAGCUCAUCUUGCCAGCUUUGCCCAUAUUGAGGAAGAGAAUUUUGUGAAUAAGCUUCUAGAUUCAAAAUUUAAUUGGACAGAAGAAAGGCAGUUCUGGAUUGGAUUUAAUAAGAGAAACCCACUGAACGCUGGCUCUUGGGAGUGGUCUGAUGGAACCCCUGUUGUCUCUUCAUUUUUAGACAAUACUUAUUUUGGAGAUGAUACAAGAAAUUGUGCUGUUUAUAAAGCAAAUAAAACAUUGCUGCCCUUGCACUGUGGUUCCAAACGUGAAUGGAUAUGCAAAAUUCCAAGAGAUGUGAGACCCAAGAUUCCACUCUGGUACCAAUAUGAUGCACCCUGGCUCUUCUAUCAGGAUGCAGAGUACCUUUUUCAUACCUAUGCCUCAGAAUGGUCCGCCUUUGAGUUUGUCUGCGGCUGGCUGCACAGUGAACUUCUCACAAUUCAUUCUGCCCGUGAGCAAGAAUUCAUCCACAGCAAAAUAAGAACGCUAUCGAAGUAUGGUGUCAAUUGGUGGAUUGGACUUCAAGAAGAAAGAGCCAAUGGUGAAUUUCGCUGGAGAGACGGAGGUCCAGUAAUAUACCAGAACUGGGACAAAGGAAAAGGAGGAUCUAUGAAAAAUCAGAGCCAGAAAUGUGGCUUCAUUUCAUCCAUAACAGGACUCUGGUCUAGUGAAGAGUGUUCAGUUUCUAUGCCUAGCAUCUGUAAGCGAAAAAAGUUUUGGAUUGUAGAGAAACAGAAAGAUACACCAAAACAGCAUGGAACAUGUCCUAAAGGAUGGCUCUAUUUUAACUAUAAGUGCCUUUUGGUGAAAAUCCCCAAAGACCCAAGUGGUUGGAAGAACUGGACGUCUGCUCAAGAUUUCUGUGUUGGAGAAGGGGGUACACUGGUCACCAUUGAAAAUGAGGUGGAGCAAGCUUUCAUUACCAUGAAUCUUUUUGGUCAGACUACUAAUGUGUGGAUAGGGUUACAAAAUGAUGAUUAUGAAAAAUGGUUAAAUGGAAAACCUGUGGUAUAUUCUAACUGGUCUCCAUUUGAUACAAUACAUAUUCCAAGUGGUAACACCAGCAAAGUUCAAAAACACAUUCCUCUCUGUGCUUUGCUGUCAAGUAACCCUAAUUUUCACUUCACUGGAAAAUGGUAUUUUGAAGACUGUGGAAAAGAAGGUUAUGGGUAUGUUUGUGAGAAAAUGCAAGAUACUUCUGGACAUAGUGUAAAUACACCUGACAUGUAUGCAAUCCCCAAUACCUUGGAAUAUGGAAACAGAACUUACAAAAUAAUUAGUGCAAAUAUGACUUGGUAUACAGCACAAAAGACCUGUCUGACGCAUGGAGCGGAGCUGGUCAGCAUUACAGAUCUGUAUCAUCAGUCCUUCCUCACUGUCAUCCUCAGCCGGCUAGGACAUGCCCACUGGAUUGGACUGUUCACCGCAGAUAAUGGUCUCAGUUUUGACUGGUCAGAUGGCACCAAAUCCUCCUUCACCUUUUGGAAAGAUGAUGAGUCAUCCUUGCUGGGUGACUGUGUUUUUGCUGACACCAAUGGGCGCUGGAGUAGCACAGCCUGUGAAUCAUUUCUGCAAGGAGCCAUUUGUCAUGUACCUACUGAAGAAAGACCAUUUGGACAUCCAGAGUUGUGCUCAGAAACAUCUAUUCCCUGGAUAAAAUUCAAAAGUAAUUGUUACAGUUUUUCUACAGUGCUAGACAGCAUGAGUUUUGAGGCUGCUCAUGAAUUUUGCAAAAAAGAAGGAUCUAAUCUUUUAGCAAUCAAGGAUGAGGCUGAAAAUUCAUUUCUCCUAGAAGAGCUUGUUGUUUUUGCUGCUUCUGCCCAGAUGGUCUGGUUGAAUGCUCAGUUUGAUGGUGACAAUGAAACCGUAAAGUGGUUCGAUGGGACUCCCCCAGACCGGUCAGACUGGGGCAUGCAGAAGCCCAACACGGACCACACCAAACCCCGCCAGUGCGUUGCCCUGAGGAUCCCUGAAGGAGCGUGGCAGUUAUCUCCGUGUCAAGAAAAAAAAGGGUUUAUAUGUAAAAUGGAGGCAGGUAUUCACCUGGUAAAGGAACAUCUAGGGAAAGGACCAAGUCACAGUGUUGUACCACUUACAGUAACACUGGCGCUGGUGGCAAUUCUGGCCAUUUCCACACUUUCCUUUUGCAUAUACAAGCACCACAGUGGUGUCUUCAGGAGGCUCGCAGAGUUUCAGAACCCUUACUACCCAACGACCAACUUCAGCACAGUACAUUUGGAAGAAAACAUUCUCAUUUCUGAUCUUGAGAAGAAUGAUCAAUAGUAACAAAGUCAGAGAAUGCCAGA